UGCCGCCCAUCAAUCUCUGGUUGUCAAUCUGGAAGCGAGUUGGGAUUCUUAAGGGCCUCCUGUUCCAGUCAAUCAUGCCGGUCCCCGUCGCGGCCAAAGUCGGCAUCGUCGCUGCCUCGGUAGCCGUGGCAGCUGCCAUUGCCAUCUACGAAAUACCGGAGGUCCGCCGCGCCGCUGAGGACCUCCGCAGACGCAUAGCCAUUGCCCUUCAUUCGCUCGGAGACAACGUCGACCCAAACAACCCUAAUAGCCGAGAGCCUCGGUUCAACCGGCCCGAAGACGCCGAGGGCUUCUAUCAAACUCAUGAUGUCGACGCCGACGAGGAAACAAGAAGGCGGCAGCGGGAGGAGCUGAUGUACUGGAACAGGCGCCGCGAGACCGAAAAGCAGCGUCAUAGCCCAGAAGCCCAGCAGCGGCCCCGCGGCUCGACCUUUGACGACUUCCUACAGCCGGACGGGGCAGGCGAAAGCGGCACCUAUGUCUAUAACACCGGAGCGAAUGCCUGGCCCGCUGAGUCCUCCAACGUCCUCCGCCGCCGAGUCAACGUCGAAGCUGUUCGCGGACUCAACGCCAGGCUGCUCACCAACCCCUUCAGCGACGAGUAUGGCAUCGAACUAGAAGACCGCUCCGACCUGCUCCCCCCAGCCCGCGACGAUGUCAUGUCGGACAUCUACAACGCCACCCCGCUUGUCCAGUCCGCAUCGGCCGCCGCCCCCUUGCAGCCGGUGCCAGUCCCCGCGGCAGCAAGCGAAGUCAUCUUUGACUUUGCCUCCCACGCACCCAGCGAGUACGGCACGGCCACAAGCUCAGACCAUGACCAACACCAUGACGGCCCACAACAACCGGCCUCCCCGACCACCACAACCACCUCCUCCUCCCGCAGCGCGACCCUGGACCGCGAGCUCGCCGACGACGAGUACAUGACGGCCGGGCAAGACGAUCGCAGCGCGUACGCGUCGAUCCAGGCGUGGGCGGCGCAGCAAAACGCGUCCCACAAUGAAGGCUUCUACUCGCCGCUGCCCAGCACUCCACGGACGCCCGUUUCGGAGCCCGAACUGAUCAGCGAAGGGCAGCUCACGCCAACCGACUCGGCGUCGGUGGCUGGAUUUGGAGUGGACGUUGCGCGCGACGUACUGGGCGAGUCAAGGGGUGAGGACGAGUUCGAUGUCAUGAGCGAGACGGAUGGUGGUGGCGGCGUACCCACGCCCGGGAGCUGGUCCGACGUGGGGAGCGUUGUUAGUGAGAGUGAGAGUCUGGCGAGGGCGUAG